CACACACACACACACACACACACAGAAGCAGCUCGGCUCUCCUCGGAUCUGCUGACGUGUCUGCCAGCAUCAUGGCUGCACAGUGUCCCUGUUUUUAUUCUGUUUUAAUGCUCGUUCUCUGCGCGUGUUUUCCUCCGAGCUGUGCAGACCGGCGCUUCUCGGACCUGAAGCGAUGCGCUGACGAGGACUGCAGCAUGCUUCUCUGCCGAGGGAAGGCUGCCAAGGAUUUCACGGGGCCGGACUGUCGGUUUCUCUCUUUUAAGAAAGGAGAGACGAUAUAUGUAUAUUAUAAACUCUCAGGGAAGACAUCAGACCUGUGGGCUGCUAGUGUUGGAAACAACUUUGGUUAUUUCCCAAAGGACUAUCUUAUUAUAAAUCAUAUAUAUUCUGAAAAAGAAUUGGAGGCACCCACAGAGGAAACAGAUUUUGUUUGCUUUGAGACUGGUCUUGAUCAGUUUGAAAGCUAUGACAUAGAUGUGUUAUUAAGAAGCACAUUGUUGCUAGAAAAUGAGAAUUCAACAGAAGAAUCGAAAGAACCAGCUCAGGAUGAAGAUGCAUCUCAAAUGACAACAACAGAAUCAGUGGAACCUCUUGCAUCAGAGUCAGUAGAUUCAGAAUCAGAAUCACUUCUUGAUUCUGAGUCAGUAGAUUCAGAAUCAGAAUCACUUCUUGAUUCUGAGUCCGUAGAUUCAGAAUCAUUUCAUGAAUCUGAGCCAGAAGAUUCGGAAUCUACAUUGCUUCUAGAAUCCCAUUCAGUAGAUUCAGAACCAACAUUGAUAUUUGACACGGAGUCAGUAGAUUCAGAAUCAUUUCAUGAAUCAGAGUCAGUAGAUUCCGAAUCGACAUCAAUUCUUGAAUCGCAGUCAGUAGUUUCAGAAUCAAAAUCACUUCUAGAAUCAAAUUCAGUAGAAUCAGAUUCACUUCUAGAAUUAAAGUCAGUCGAUUCAGAGUCAACAUCGCUUCUUGAAUCCAAGUCAGUAGAUUCAGAAUCAACAUUGUUUCUCGGAUCGAAGUCAGUAGAUUCAAAGUUAAAAUCACUUAAUGAAUCAGAGUCAAUCGAGCCUGAAUCAACAUUGCUUUUUGAAUCAGAUUCAGUAGAUUUAGAAUCAAAAUCACUUCUAGAAUCAAAUUCAGUAGAAUCCGAAUCACUUCAUGAACCACAGUCAAUCGAUUCUGAAUCAACAUCGAUACUUGAAUCAGAGUCAGUGGAUUCAGAAUCAAAAUCACUUCUAGAAUCAAAUUCAGUAGAUUCAGAAUCAGAAUCACUCCAUGAAUCAAAAUCAGUCAAUUCAGAAUCGACAUUGCUUCUUGAAUCUAAGGCAGAUGAUUCAGAAUCUGUAGAAGCUCCUGAAAUUGAGACAUUACAAAAAUCUACUGAAGAGGACUCUGACGGCUUUCAGCCAGAGAACGAUGUUUCAUCAGAACCAGCGUCUGAAUUUAAAGAUGCACUAACAGAAGAGACUGAAGGGAUUUCAAUAAGCCAAGAUGCUGAGGUCAUUUCAGAGGAUGCAGAAACCGAUCUGUUAGAUCCUGACGCACGAGAUAUAGAUUAUUCUGAGCUUUUGCACAACCAAAGUGAUUCUGAUUUUGAGCCACUUGAAACACAAACAGCAGGUUUAGAUGAAGUACAUGAAGAAGCUGCUAAAACAGAGCUAAGUGAUAAAGACAUACCGCUACAAACACCAGAGAAAACACUCGAGGAUGAGGACAGGUCAGGCUUUAAAGAUGCUUUCAAAACAGACCAUGAAGGUGUAACACAAGCGAAUGAAUCGCUUCAGGAACUCGCCAAAGAAGUUGAAGAACAAGCUGGUCUUGAGGGCACUCGUGCACAAAGUGAUUUUGAAGAACUGGCUGAUGCAGAUGAAGCCGUUGACGUCAAAAUCCCAGAAUCUUCUCCAAACGCUAAAACCGCUUCGGAUAUGAGUCAAGACGUCCCAUCUGAACCAGCAUUGGAAACGGAGUCUGCCAAGGCAUUAAAUAUAAGUGAAAUCACUAAGGAAGACAAUCAAGAGGAGUUAGACGUUGUAGACGUUCUUCAGAAGGCCAGCAUGAGGCAGAAUGAAAAUGCAAACGAUCCUCAGGAUGCAGUUACAAAGAAUAGCGAAAAAGUGAGUGAAUCUAAUUGCGGGGAUGAGAAGUUAAAGGAGGAACUUGUUACAGAAAGCUCAGAAACUCUACCUCCAAUUGCCCAAGUACAUCAGAUUGAUAACGUGAAGAACGAACUCUUGGAUCUACUGAAAAACACACUUGAAGAUGACUUGAAUGAAGAGCUUUUAGAAGACGAAAAUGCUCUUCUUUCUUCUAAAGCUCAGCUCACAGAAGACAUACAUGAACUUGAAGAAAACCAACAACCUGAAGGCGAUCAGUGGGUUGAAUCCCAACAAAGCGUAAACAUUACAAAACAAGAUGAAAGCGGAGAAAUUCGUCUUCCUCCCGAGGAGCCCGGAUACAGCGAUGACGUGCUGAGGCUCACGAUCUUACGGGAUCACCUGAAGGACGAAGAGAUGGAGCACAUGCAGAAGUAUUUAGAACUGAAGAACCUGUUCAAAAUCGAAGCCAUGUUUUCAGAUCUAGAUCUGGAGAUGAAGUCCGCGAGAGAGCUGCAGACGGACACGGAGGAGAUCGAGCGAACGCUGGACCAGAUCAUGGAGGUCUCGGAGAACUCCAUUCUCGAUGCCACAGAGGACAUAUUCAAUGAAAGAGACCAGGAAAAUCAGGAACACGGACAGCAGAAGGAACCGGAAACGUACGAUGUUGAAGCUGCCAUCUUAGACGCUUUCCAAGAGAUCAUUUUCUCGUUACGACAGAAAUAUUCAGCAGCCAGUGACAGCGCACCGUUGGUCGAAGAAGAGCAUCUCGCUUCUGAAACAGAUGAAACAAUGGACUCUGAAGAGGUGAAUGGUUUGGACCGUAACCUCAAAAUGACCGAACCACAUCAGAGUCCCGCGAUGCAUGAGGAGCCGAACGAAUCUGAAGUGAUUCUGAAUCCUGAAUUAAAUGUGAACAGAGACCUGUCUCACAGUAAAGACGUGGGUCUCCAGGAGGAUGGGGGCCAUUUCAACAGAAAUCAAGACGUUCAGACGGAGAUCCAGAAGGGACCUCGUGCUAUUUUAGAGAACCCAGUGGACAUGGGCUUUCACUUUGAAGUGGAUCCAUCCUCAGGUUCACUGGAGUCUCCGAGCGUCUCUGAUUUCCACGAAACUGAAGCAAGCGGCGUUUCCUCCAGCUCAUCGACUGCUGACGAACUUUGGGCUUCAGUGCUCCUCAUCAAAGAAUAUCUGGGAGUUUAUGGAGAAAUUCUGAUCAGGGCUCUUCCGGAGGAAUCCACGGUCCUCGGCGUCCCCUGGGAGCCGCUGGUGGUUACAGCCGUGUGUGGUACCUUUACAUUACUGAUGUUCUUCUGGAGGACGCUUCUCGCUAUCAAAGGCAGAAGCUAUCAGUUAAGUGAAAAGCAGCUCCGAGAGAAGAUCCAGCAGCUUCUGAAGGAGAAAUCAGAAGCUGUUAACCAGAUCUCCGAGCUGAAGGACAUGAUAAAAGAGCGUGAAGAACGGCUGAAAAACUCUGAGAAAUCACUGAGUUCCAGUCAACAUGAAAUGAAAGCGCUGAAGAACCGUCACCAAAUGCUCCAGAGUCAGUGGGAGCAGAUGUGUGCCCGCAUUUCACCGCUCAACCAGAAUAUAGCAGACACACAGGAAGAAAACGCUAAUCUCAGGGAGAAGAUUGGCAGAAUGCACCAGAGAAUCGAGAAAUACCAGAAAACUCUCAAGAGCUUUGAUGAGGAGCGUGCACAGGUCCAUGUGCUCAUGGAUGAAGCCAGACUCAGAGAAGAUGCCUUCAAGGCUCAGGUUCUGUCCUUCGAGAAGGAAAACGGCGCUUUAAAAGAGCAGAAGAAAUCUCUCCUGCGUGAUGCUGAAGACUGGCAGGAGAAGCACAGGAGACUGAGCGAGGAGAUCCGCGUUUACCACACGUCCCAGAAAGAGCUGGAAGACUCUCUGGUGCACAGGGAGAAAGAGAUCGACGUUUUGUCCAGCUGUAUUGCAGAGCUCAGUCGUCUGGGAGCUUGUGAUCCUGCAGAACUACAGAAAGAUGAUGCUGAGAAGACGAUGGACGGCAUGAGACUGCGGAUCAAACAGAUGAUGGACGUCUCCAGGAUUAAAGUGACGCUCCGUGUCGUGGAAGACGAGAGGAAUCGCUUCGUGGAAAGUCUCCUCGCCGAACAGAAAGCCAGACGGGAUCUGGAGGAGCGAUAUCAGAAGGCCAUGCAUGAACAGAUGAAUCUGCACAAGGAGAAAGCGCAUCUGGAGAACCAGCUGAAGACCCUGCAGCAGAGGCUGGAGAUCACCACUGAACUCUACCAGCAGAAAGAGCACGCACUGCAGCAGAAGCUGACUCAGGAGGAGCUGGAGAGGCGUGAGAAGGAGACGAAGCUGUCGGAGGUGGACAGUAAAGCUCUUCUCUCAGACGAGGAGCUGAGGGCCUUGAAACAGAAGAUGAAGGACAUCGAGGAGGAGAUGCAGCAGAACGAACGCUCUCUGAAAGCAGAGGUGUCCAUCCAGGAGAAGAAAGCCCAUGAGAACUGGUUGAAAGCGCGCGCCUCUGAACGAACUCUGCUGGAGGAACGGAGAGAGUCGGCCGUCCUUCAUCAGAAGCUUGUGGAGUACAGAGAUAAAAUAUCAGAGCUGGAGCAAAGUCUGUUCAAACUCAGCUCUGGAGCUCCAGAGCGUCACACACGACGAGGUGAUUCGUUCGGGCCGUCUCCUGUGAGUGGGGGGGCUCCCUCUCCUCCUCAAAUGAUAGAGGGUCCCGGACGCCCCCCCUCUGCACCUGCAGGGCGACGGGGCCAACCUUUCGGUCCACGACCCCCGUCUGACCCUCACGGACGCUUCUCAGACCUCGGACACCCGCUGCCCUCCAGACCAGACAUGUUUCCUCCGAUGACUUCGUCUCCCUGUGCACAUGACGGACCGAUGCUCUCCAAGUCUCAGAGUCAGGGAUCCUUCUUGCCGUCUCCGGUUCCUCCACCAAAGUCGUACGGACCCCCAGUCGUGCCGCUCCCACCCAUGAUGAUCCGACCUCCCAGUGACCUUCCCCCCGAGCCGCGCUUCAGACCUCAACCCUUGGACUCGUACGGCCCUCCUCCUGCCCUCGGCCCGUUUGGACCCGUACCUCCACCGUUUGGACGAGGGCCACCGUUGGGAUCGCUCCCCCCUCCUCCUCUCGGACCACGGGACGUCCCUCCAGAAUUCUUCCCCCCUCGCCCCUUCCCCCCCGGAGCCAUGGUCCCGCCUCUGUACGGUGGGCGUGGCUUCCCGGGACCCCCUCUGCUGACCCCUCAGCGCUCCAGAGACGGCGAGGGGAACGUCACACCCGCCGACGAGCCCCCAACACACACGUCCCAUCAGAACGAGGAUCCUUGACCCGAGAACCUGAUUCUGUUCAGUAUUCAAUCAUCAAGAUCAGGUUUGGGUAGAAAAAACUAAAACAACAACACAUUUGAGACAGAAAUAAUGAAUGUUUUGAUUUUAUAUCUUAGCAAACCUUUCCUAUGGAAAUAGUGUGAUUCAAUAUGCAUUUUUUUUUUUUUUGUGGUUAAAUUAUAAUCUCUACUACUCGACCCAGUGCUGAUGCAUUCUGGGAUGUCGAGCCGAUAUUCAGGCACAUCGUGAAGCCAUUUCCUCAUUCCUUUAAUGUGAGAGGACUCUGAAGAGACUUUUCACUAUUUUUGAACAACCAUAUUACCGUUCUUUUGAUUCGUCAGCUAGCCUGUGUUUAUUUUUUAUUCGCCUCGUCUGUGUUUAUUUUAACGUUUUAUUCAUCUUGCAUCUGCUCUGAUUUCUUUUUCCUAGCGGAAAGGCACAUUUGAUGUCAUAUUGACAGAGUAUUUCUACAUUAUUUUCAUUUCUUUGAUUAACCCAAAAAUUAUUUUACAAGCAAGUGCCACACAUUCAUUGCAAAAGAUUCACUGAAUUGCAAUAAUUUAAAAAUAAUAAUUUCAUUCCCAGAAAACCUUCUUAUUUUGAUGUUCUCUUAAGUUUUUUCAUGCAAUGCUUUUGGAAACAGAAUAGAAAAAUGCUCCAAUUCUCAAAAUCCAUAAUCUUAUUUUGUUUUUAUUUUUUCUUUGCAUAUAUUGUUUUUUUUUUUGAGUAAAUUAUUUUAGUAAGUGUGUUGAGAGGAUGCAUCAUGUGCACGCAGUAAGAGGGAAGAAACGGUUUUAAAAAUAUGUGGCAUUAAAUAAAGCUUAUUUUUCCUGUA